GACGCCACCUAGGGCUACAUGUAUGUACAUACGCCGAUCAUUGCACGGGAGUUGCACUGAACGGAAUAACACCAUGCUGCGAACGAUCUAUCACGGCGGCACCGUCGUUUCUUGCAACUGCCGCGACACCUGGCUCUCGGCAUGGGUAGGCCACAUUCCGUGUGAGCUACAUCGAUACAUCGUCGGCUUGGUUCGUGGCCUGCGAUUUAGGCUGUGUAUGAUCACCGCAAGUACUGUAGCUCGUGCCUAAGAAGUUCACUCACUCCUGUUGCAGCAUAAUUUACCUUGGUAGAUACAGCUGUGGACAUGGCCGUGGGCGAGGUAACCGCAGGCGAAGCAGUCCUUAACGGCGAGCUUAGCAAUGGGGUAUUAAACGGUCAUGUCAAUGGCCAUACCAAUGGACACACAAACGGCCUAGUGGCCCCCGAAAGGCCAUCCUCCGGCAUCAAGGUUAUUAUUGUCGGAGCUGGAUUUGGUGGGCUCACAGCAGCUAUAGAAUGCCAUCGCCAAGGUCAUACCGUUGAGAUGUACGAGUCCUUCAGGGAGCUCAAAGUACUUGGCGACAUCAUCUCCUUCGGUUCUAACGCUGGCCGCAUCUAUCGUCGCUGGUUCACAUCUUCUGGUGACCGCAUCAGUGACCGGUUAGACAAACUCAGCAUCAAGCUCCAGAACUAUGGCUUCAACAUCCACAAAUAUACUGGCGAACUCAUUAUGAACCAAAGGACGCCGCCCAGUGACCCCGAUGCUCCAGUGUUCAACGGACAUCGUGGCGAGAUCCACGCCACAGUCUUCAAUUACGUCAAGGACGAGCUAGCCAUCCCCAUCCAUCUCGGCUGCCGUAUCACGAAGUACUUCGAGACCGAAACCGAGGCCGGCAUUGUACUCGACACGGGCGAGCGUGCAACCGCUGACGUAGUCAUUGGUGCAGACGGCGUACGUUCCAAGGCCCGCGAGCUCGUGCUGGGUUACGUAGACGCUCCCAAGAGCUCCGGCUACGCAGUCUUCCGUGCUUGGUUCCCAAACACUGACAUGCUGGCCGACCCGGAAACACGGCGUUUCUGUGAAAACGGCGACACUUUCAAUGGAUGGAUUGGCCCAGAUGUCCAUUUCCUAUUCUCCACAAUCAAAAACGGCAGUGACUGUUGCUGGGUUCUGACGCAUGUUGACGAGCACGACAUUGAAGAGUCCUGGUCCUUCCCUGGCAAGCUGGAGGACGUGUAUAAGGUGUUCGAGGGCUGGGACCCGCUGUGCAAACGCAUCGUGUCGAAAACGCCCGAGGACAAGCUUGUGGACUGGAAGCUCGUGUACCGAGACCCGCUACCAAGGUGGGUCAGCGAUGGGGGCCGGACGAUGCUGCUAGGGGACUCAGCACAUCCCUUCCUGCCUACCAGCGCACAAGGUGCAACGCAGGCGAUGGAGGAUGGCGUGACCAUCGCCAUCUGCCUUCGUGAAGCCGGCAAAGCAAAUAUUACGGCCGCCACGCGCGCUUUCCAAGACAUCCGCUACGAUCGCGUCAAGGCAGUACAAAAGACUGGCGAGACGACGCGAGACAUGUGGCACAAGGCAGAUUGGGACAAGGUCAAGGCUAAUCCGGAAAGCAUGGCCAUGCCUCGAGAGGACUGGAUUCUCGGCCAUGAUUCAGAGAAGCAUGCCGAAGACGUUAUCGCGGAGACGUUGCGCAAGUUUUCUUGAUUGUCUCAUGUUGGUUCGCACAUGCAUAGCACUGUUGAAGCAUUCGGUAGCCGGCUCGAUUGGAUUUCUGCGGCGUAUAAUAUCAUACUGUUUGAGCGCUGGGUUGAGUUACGGAACGGGCCUUCACCCUUCAGUAGACUGCUGCCUCGUGAAUGUCUAUCUUACACGGUGCCAACUGGACAGCUCGCGUGCGGCUACGCUACACGCAAUGUAUUGAACCCUAAGUUCUUUCCAUAAUUCCAAGCCUGUCUGUUAGGCUUAACACGAUACUCGCUCCACGAGACGCCUCCC